UGACCGGAGGGAUCGGGGGCGACGCCCGUUGCUCCUGCGGGACCAUGUCGUGUUACCCAGUGCGGGGGCUGCCUCUGCUGCCGGGGAACGCUGUCCGCGACCCCACGCAAUGGAAAUUCCACCGGUCACAGACUUUCACCUACCGCAACGGGAUCGCUCUGCCGCUUGUGCCCAAAGUGGGAAUCGGCGGGAAGCCCAUCCCUGUGAAUAAGCUGUCCCAGUUGGAUGAGGAUGAACUGGCAAACAAGAAGCCCACCCUGACCUACGGACAGAGCCGGACAGCCCCUCUGUCCGACUUCAUCCCCGUGCACGUGGCCUUCGACAAGCAGGUGCUCAGCUUUGAUGGCUAUUUCAAGGAGACGGUGCGUGAGUCAGCAGACGAGCAUUUCCGGGUGCGGCGGAUCGUUUUGUACUACUACCUGGAGGAUGACAGCAUCGCCAUCUACGAGCCGCGGGUGGAUAACUCGGGGCUGCCUCAGGGCAAACUCAUCAGCCGGCAGCGGCUGCCCAAAGAUGACCAGGGCCGCACUUGGCAUUGGAAGGACCUCAAUGUGGCCAUGGACUUGGUGGCCUAUGGUCGGCGUUAUCGUCUCACUGGAUGCGACAAGUUCACCUGUGAUUUCAUGGUCAGCCAUGGCAUGGUCCCCAAUUGUUCAGAGAUGAUCCCGACGGACUCCUACACAGAGAAUCGUAAACCCCCACCUCGGCAGUUCGUCACCCCAUCUGACUUUGACAAGCUAAAGCAAUUCCUGACCUACGAUCGCAAGGUGCUGCGUUAUUUUGCGUACUGGGAUGACGGAGAGAACACGUCUGGGGAAUGCCACCAUUACGUCAUCCAUUACUUCCUUGCCGAUGGUACAGUGGAGAUUCGGGAGGUUUAUGAGAACAAUGACGGCCGAGAACCCUUUCCCAUGCUGCUGGGCAGGAAACGAUUACCCAAGACACUGCGACAGUCUCACGGCAGCUUCCCCUCCAUUUCGAUGGAAUUGACGGAGGAGGAGGUGAAGGAGUGGUUCGGGCCCAGGGAUUUUGUGGUAGGUCAGCCUGUCACUAUCCUCGGUCGACAAUUCUUCAUCUACGACUGUGACGAGUUCACCAGGGAAUAUUAUCAGCAGAACGUGCAUGGAGUCGACCUUCGCCCUGUCCAUGUGACCAGGCAACCACCUACAUCCGAAGACAAGUGGAUUCCUCCCUACAAUGGGUUUGGUUCGCUGGAGGAUUCGGUGCAGAACUGCCUAUCACUGAUCCCCAAGGUGCCUAAGAAAGAUCUCAUCAAACUGCUGGAGAAGGACAAGAUUGUCCUCCGCUACGAGGCCGGAAUGGAGUCCAGGUACCCAGAGGACAACGCCCGAAGGUUCAUCCUCAGCUUCCAUGUGGCCACAGAUACCAUCAGCAUCUUCGAACCACCACUCCGCAACUCUGGCAGAACCGGUGGGAAGAUCCUGUCGAAGAUCAGGAUUCCCAAACCAGGAAGCAAUGUGGAAAAGCCUGAAUUCUACACAGCCAGGGACCUGGCCAUCUCUUCAGUUGUGGAAGUCAUUGGCCACCGCUUUAUCAUCACGGACGCUGAUGAGUUUGUCUACAAAUACUUGGAAGAACAUGCUGCUGAGUUUCCAAGCGAGACGCUCGAGUCGUUCCGGCAGAAGGCACAGGAGAGGGUCGGCCGAGCAGCCCUACAGGCAAUGGAGCAAAAAGCUGGCUCUGCAAUGAUGAACAACUCAGAGUCAACGCCAGCCACUGCAGUUGUCGAUGAAUGCUCACCUGUACCUCCGGAAUGCAGGCAGCUACCCGACACCACAACACUGAGAAAUGGGUUCCAGGGAGACGUCUGUGAUCCUCAGCAGAGAGAUAUCCCAGUGCCCAACUACCAGGGAGAAAUUGGUGCACCCUUAGACACAGGAAACAUUGGUGUUCCUCAGCCAAUUAACGUCAGUGCAAGCAAGUACCAGGACAAGACUGAAAGACCCCUGUGUAGCCCUCAGCAGGGCGAUCCCCAUCUUUCCCAGAACCAGAACAGUACCCACACACCUCUGAAACAGAGCAUCGCCUGUUCCCCUACACUCCAGGGCUGUACCCCAACCACUCAGUAUCAGGGGGAGAUCUGUACCCAUGCUACAGAAAACCAUAAUGUUAGCUGUCCUCCCCAAGCCCAGGGCUGUCCCCCAACCCAUACACCACCCCAGAAGCCACCUGCUGACACCCAAACUAACAGUUGUUGAAGAGUUUUGUGAGAUGAGAAAAUAUUGCUGUGUAUUAUGGAAUAAAGUGAUGGAAUGAACACCUCCCAAGGCUGUUUCCCUCUCCGUAAAGCUCAGUAAUCUGCUGGGGGGAGGCAAACACUUCAGUGGACACAACGCCCCUCAACCUCCUCUAGUAACAACAUGGCCUAGGAGUGUACUGAAACAGGCCUUUUGGCCCAUCUCUCCCAUGCUGAUCCUUGCCCCAGUCUCACUCAUCUGGUUCAGGACUGUAGUUUGUACUUGUCAGACACAUUCACUCCUCACUAAUCCUCAUCAUACACAGCCCUGUCUUACGAAACUAAGCUAGCCAAUAAUAUUAAAGAGGUUACCAGCAGUGUCUUCAGGUAUAUAAGGUGUAAAAGACAGGCAAGAAUAGAUAUUGGAAAACAGUGCUGGAGAAAAACUUGGACAGAUACAUGGAUGAGAGGUGUAUGGAGGGAUAUGGUCCAGGUGCAGGUCAGUGGGACUAGGCAGAAAAAUGGUUCAGCACAGCCAAGAAGGGCCAAAAGGCCUGUUUCUGAGCCGUAAUGUUCUAUGGUUCUAGUAAUGGGGGACAAAAAAAUGGCAGAUGAGCUGAAUAAGUAUUUUGCAUCAGUCUUCACUGUGGAAGACACUAGCAGUAUGGCAGAAGUUUCAGGUGUUAGGGGUCAUGAUGUGCGUGAAGUUACCAAAACUAAGGUAAAUGUUCUUGAGAAACUGAAAGGUCUGAAGUCACCUGGACCAGAUGAUGCACUCCCCAGGGUUCUGAAAGAGGUGGCUGAAGAGAUUGUGGAGGUACUAGUAAUGAUCUUUCAAAAAUCACUAGAUUCUGGAAUAGUUCUGGAAGGCUGGAAAAUUGCAAAUGUCACUCCUCUCUUCAAGAAGGGAGAGGCAGAAGAAAGGAAACUAUUGGUCAGUUAGUCUUCCCUCAGUGGUUGGGGAGAUAUUGGAGUCGAUUAUUAAGCCCUUAAGACAUUU